AGUAGUAGCAUGAUGAUGAACACUCCGCGGAAGCGAUCCAAAACAUCCCGAGAACUAUUAACAGAAGAUGAAAAACGCGCCAAUCAUAUUGCCUCUGAACAAAAGCGACGAAGCACCAUUCGUAACGGAUUCAAGGAUCUCACGGAUCUCAUUCCGACGCUCAAAAACAUCAACAACUCCAAAAGCACGGUGCUAUUCAAGGCCGUUGAUUUUAUUCGACACCUUGAGAAACGCAAUAAAGGGUUGCACGAAAAGAUUGCGACUUUGGAGGCACGCGUUCAAGAUGCAAGACGGUUU